AUGGAAGCUAAUACAAAUAGGAUUGUCAAUUUGAAUGGUUCUAAUUAUCAAGUUUGGAGAGGCAAGAUGGAAGACCUUCUUUAUGUAAAUGAUUAUUAUAUGCCUGUGUUUAAUACUGAAAAACCUGAAGAUAAAACAGAUGCAGAGUGGAAUAUUUUGCAUAGAAAAGUUUGUGGGUAUAUUCGAAAAUGGGUUGAUGAUGAUGUUUUGAACCAUAUUAGCGCGGAGACUCAUGCUCGUACUUUGUUGAACAAGCUUGAGCAGUUGUAUGCUCGGAAGACCAGGAACAAUAAAUUGUUCCUGAAUAAACAGUUGAUUGGCUUGAAGUACCAUGAUGGAAAUCCUAUUAGUGAUCAUUUGAAUUCUUUUCAAGGAAUUAUUAAUCAAGUUGCAGGAAUGGGUAUCAAGUUUGAAGAUGAGUUACAAGGUUUAUGGCUCCUUGGCACUUUAUCGGAUUCUUGGGAAAUUUUUAGGACAUCCUUGUCCAACUCUGCACCAGAUGGUAUUAUCACCAUGGAAUUUGCUAAAGGAGGUGUUUUAAAUGAAGAGAUGAGAAGAAAGUCACAAGGUUCCUCUUCACAUUCAGAUGUCUUGGUCACAGAAAGUAGGGGAGAAGUCAAAGUAGAGUUGAAAAGGGAGAACAAGAAGGAAAAUUACAACAAUCAAAAGAACAACCACAAGAAAGAUGAUGGUGGUAAUGAUACUGUUGAAGUUAACACUGCUACUGAAGAGUUCUUUAUUUGUUGUUAUUAUAAUAUGGUCAAUCUUGCACAUGAUGAUUCAAGUUGGGUUGUUGACAGUGGUGCUACUUGUCAUGUGACAUCAUAA